AUGAAAUGGGUAAGAGCUGUCACUCGUCAACUACGUAAGCUACGAUGUAGUCAAAACUAUUACAAUCUACUUCAAGAACAAAAAUCAAUUGAUCGACUUGACCUUACAGCCAUAUUUUUGAAUAAACUCAAAACAUCUGAUAAUUAUGAUUCCAUUGUUCGAGUAAAGAUUCCUGAUCCUAUGACAGAAUCAAGACUUUAUGAAACUAUAACAAAACAUAUAAUGCAUGGACCGGAUUUGAUUCCUAUUCCAUUUACAAAUGUAGAAUGGACUUUAUAUAAAUAUGAAAGGUACCAAGCUAGACAAUCGUUAG